AAGGUAAUCGAGAUUUGAUUAAUUUUCUUAAAGAGAUUUUUGGAAUUUGUAAACUGAGAAUUGAGUUUUAGGUCAAUUCGCGAAUCGUUUCAAAGGGGACAGCAUCAAUGAAGGAUUCAAAAGCAUCAUCUUCAGGGGAUGAUCAUAGCUUUGCCUCUGGUGGUUAUGCCAUUAUACAGAGAGUUGAAAUCUUGAUUUCACUGAACGAAGUGACCAAGGUUAAUAAGUACCCUGAACGAGCUCACCGUGUUGAUGAAGCACUCGGUUUCAUGCACAUUGUUGGACUAACGCUGGAUCAUCCCAUAAUCCAACAACCAAGUUCUGGAAUUCCUUAUGAGUGUUUGCCUUACAAACAAUCAUUAACAUGGCUAGACUCGACCUCUGGUCUCUACAACGAUUGUUCUACUCAUAUGAUUUGGGUUGGUAAGUGAACCAGGUAGCUUGAUGGUGCCCACUUCGAGUUAUUAAGGUGAGUGAUUAGAUUGAUUGACGAUGUCGAAUGUUUGUGCUUAAGAUAUACAUAUGUGGAUGAGAUAGACUUGAUCUUGUUACAUUUUUCUUGUUAGAUUUAAUCGAUUUUGUCUCUGUAUGUAACAUUCUUUGUAGAGGGAGUUGGCCAUACUAGAAAGUGAGUUGAGAAGUGCUGGUUAGGCUUUGGUCAUUUCCGGCACAACUGGAAGGACCUCAAGGUUGUUAGCUAAAGAAAGAGGUACUCCAACU